AUAUACUAUAUAUACUACCAUAUCUCCCUAGAUCUUUAAUUCUUAGUUGAAUCUGUUUUUAUAGUGGAUGGUAGUAGACUGUUCCUGGUGAAUUGGUCUGUUAAUUCUCCCCUUAAGUAUCGGUCGGACUUUGUGUAGUACCCGCCCCACCUACUUUACUUAGACUAAACAUGUCUAAACUCUAUAAGAAAGCUAAGGCAAAGCUUUCAUCUUCAUCAGUAUCACUUGAUAAGCCUGACUCAGAGUCACAAUCACAUUCACAAUCACAAUCACAUUCACAAUCACAAUCACAUCCACAAUCAAAUUCUAAUCCCUCAUCUUCAAGGUCUAGUCUUCGGUCCGGAAUAAAGAGAUCCUUAUCUCUAAAGCGAAAUAAAGAUAAGAAUAAACUCUAUUCACUUGAUAAUUCUAGUAAGGUAUCACUUCUGUCACGAAGUAUACUCUCCGAAGAAGCUCCUACUCCUAGUGUCAAUCAAAAGACUAUCGUUCAAGUACCUCAGUCUACUCCCUCAAUAGUGGAGUCUAUCACCCCAACACAAGCUGAUGAAACAAUUGAUACCCAUAACAAUAAUAAUAAUGAUAUAGAAAUAUUACUGGAUAAUGCCAAACUGCCAAUAGAUACUGGCACUAAAGAAAUAGUUCAUGAAGAUUCAACAUCUCCACUAUUACCAUCAGUUGGAUUAAAAGAAUCAAUUCCUGAACCUGUGGCAGACCCAUCUUCAGCUCAUCCAACAAUUGAAGUUACAGCUCCAUCCCAUAAGAAAUUAAAUAAUGAAACUGUUGAAGAACAAGUAGAAGAACUUAUAGGUGAAUUAGAACCAUUACUUGAAAGUGCUAUAUUCCAUAAUAAUGGAUCAAUUGUAGCAGAUAGUGUUCUGAUAAGUCCUAGUAGUGAAUGGGCAAUAAUUUUAUUAUUAAAGAGAAUUUUUUGUUAUUUAGAUGUUAGAGAUCCUAAAUUAUUUCAUUAUAUAUUGGGUCUAGUGAUUUUAUUAUUUAUAAUCUUUUACUUAACUUAUCGACAAAUUGAUCAUCUUAUAGCUCAAUCAUUUGAAAUUACUUAUGAUAGUAUAUCUAUAGAUUCUGUUAGUAAUACUGGAUUAAAAUCUCAUGUGGUAGGUUCUGUAUAUGUUAAUUAUGAUAAUAUUCCUAACAUAUUAUAUAAGAAUCUUUUAAAAUUUGGUUCAUUAUUCCUUGGAACUAUUACUUUAAUCCCUUUGGAUGUCAUUCAUUUAUAUGUUAAACCAGUGGAUUUAAGUAAUGUGGCUCCAAUACAUAUAAUUGAUGUAAAAGCUCCUCCUCAAUUAAGUGUCAAUAUUGUAAAUAAAAGAAUUACAGACAUUGAUUUUUAUACUGAUGUUGAUUUUAUUAAAGAAAAUAUUGUUAAAUUUUCAAAAUAUAUUGAAUCAAUUGAUCUGGAUCAAAUUAAUCUUGAAAUUCAAGGCGUAAUUUCAACUAAUAUUCAAGGUGGAUACUUUAAUUUUGAUGCAAAAGAUGUGAAUUUUUAUGAACCAUAUGCCUUAUAUAGAAGUGAUUUUAUACCUGAUAUUGAUAUACAUGAACUUGAAAUUAGUUCUACCAAAGAUUAUAUUCAAUUAUCUGCUGAUAUAAUAGCUUCAAAUCAAUUUUCAUUUGAAUUUGAAUUAGGGAAAAUUAAUUGGGAUUUAUUACUUAAAAGUUGUGAUGAAUCAUUAAUUGAAGUAGGAGAUUGGAGUAGUGAUUCAUUAAUUGUAGAACCUGGAAGUUCUAUAUCAUUAUCAAUUAAUGGUACUAUAGCUCAAAUACCUGAAAAAUUAUUAGUUGAUUGUAAAGAUGGUUUAAAUCCAAUAACUCGAAUGAUUCAGAAUUAUAUUGAUGAAAAGCCUAUAACUAUUUAUGUUAGAGGUUCAAAGAAUCAAGAAGCUGAUUUACCUGAAUGGUUAAAAUAUAUUCUUCAACAUAGUUCACAAGGUAUUAGUUUAAUAUUACCAAAGAAUAUUGUUGAAUAUGAUGGUAUAGAUAUUGAAAGUGUAGAAAUUGAAAUUCCUGUUACAACCCACCAGAAAAAGGAUUCAUUUAAAGUACUUGUUAAUUCAAAUUUAACGGGUCUAAUGAAUUUACCAAUUGAUUCCAACUUUUCUUUACCUCAAUUUCAUAGUUCUUUCUUAGUCUAUAACAAUGCUACCUCUGAAGAUAUUGUUAAGGGUAAGUCUAAUGAUUUUGGGAAGUUAAUGGCCUCUAGAUUGGAUAAUAAUUCAACUAAAUUAGAUGUUCAAUUAAGUCAAAUUGAUGUGGAUGUAUUAUCACCAAAAUUUGUUGCUAAAGUUGUGAAUGAAUUUGUUGAUAAUGGUAGUUAUAAUCUUGAAAAUUUAUAUGCUGACCUUGAACUUGAAAAUUUACUUGUGAAUUUACCUCCAAUAUUAAAUUCUUAUAUUUCUCGAUUAAAAUUAAGUAAAUUGAAACUUUUACCAGUUGAUUUAUCACUGAUUCAUAAGAGACAAUUUCCUGAUUUGAAUGAUAUCUAUUCCAAAUUAAAUAUUAGUUUGGAUGGGAUUUAUUACAUAGAUUCUACACCUAAUAGUCUUAAUUUUCUUAUUGAAGCAUGGAUUACUAAUCCCACUAACUUUUCUGUGGAUAUACCUAAAGAAGAAUUAAGUAUUGGAGCUGAAUUCAAUAGUACUAAACUUGGAAAUAUUGUAAUUCGAGAUCUUUUCAUUCCUAAAGAUGAUAGAGUCAAAGUUAUUGGUGAAUUAAAGAUUUUGGCAGCGUCAGAUAUUGAUAAAAUAGGAUUAGAAGAAUUUUUAAGUCAAUUUAUAUCUACAGUUGAAGGACUUUCAGUUGAUUUAAUUGGCCAUUCUGUAGAGAAUAAUCCUGGAUUGAAUGAACUACUUAAUCAUAUAGCCAUUAGAAAUGUUAGUAUACCUGAGAUUGAAUUCAGUGAUGGGAAUGAAGAAGAUGAUGGUAAUGGUAGUGAUGGAGAUGGAGAUGGAGAUGGAGAUGGAGAUGGAGAUAAUGAUAAUGCAGGGAUAAAAGAAGGUAAGAAAAAUCCAUUUCUUAGAAAAGCAGUUAUACAUAUAUUCUCAUCAGAAGUUGAAUUAACUUUAUUUAAUCCUAUUGUUAAUGCUGAAUUAAAUGUUGAAUUAUUUCAAGCUCAAGCCAAACACGAAGACGUUAUAUUAGGAUACAUUCAACAUCAAGAGUUUAUGGUAGUUCUGCCAGGAUUAUAUAAAACUCCAAAAAUACCCAUCACUAUUAAUCAAGGUUUAGGUACAGAUAUCUUACGAAAAGCUAUAAAUGGAGAAUUAGAAAUAGAAGUUACAGCAUCAUUUCAAGUUAGAUUGGAUAAUUUCCAAGUGGAUUUGUUAUACAGGGGGCAUAAUAUGAAUACGCAAAUAAAAUUUUAAUAGCUAGAUUAAUUAUUAAUAUAUAAUAGUAGUAG